AUCCUGCCUACGAAGUCAAACACUGAUACUCAUCAAAGCAGCCAUGUACAUGUUCAUGGCUUUCAUCAUUCUUAUGACUGUCUGUGGGAACCUGCUGGUCAUCAUCUCCAUCUCUCAUUUCAGACAGCUCCAUUCUCCAACAAACCUCAUCAUCCUCUCUUUAGCAUGCAUCGACUGGUUCUUGGGGGCUGUUGUUAUGCCAGGUAGUAUGAUCAAAUCUGUGGAAAACUGUUGGUAUUUUGGAGAAACAUUUUGUAAGAUACACUACAGCACUGACGUUAUGAUGUCCACUGCAUCCCUCCUGCACCUGGGUCUCAUUUCUGUUGACAGAUAUUUGGCCAUCUGUAAGCCUCUUCAGUACAGGACCUCAGUAACCAUGCACAAGGUAGCAGCCCUCAUUGGAAUCACCUGGAUGUUUUCCUUUGCAUUUGGGUUUGGGGUGAUCCUGUCCAAAAUUAAUUUAGUUGGUGUGGACGAAUUGCUCAUAAACCCUUGCGCAGGCACCUGUAUUAUGUUUGUUAAUAAAGAAUGGGGAAUGACAGCUGCUUUUGUGGGCUUCUUCAUUCCAGGCACAAUAAUGGUGGCCCUCUAUAUUAAGAUUUUCUACGUUGCAAAAAUACAAGCCAGAAAGAUAAACUGCUCUUUGGGAGUGACAAGGGCAGAACAAGAUAAAAAGGACUACUCAUCAGGACAAAGAGAGAAAAAGGCUGCAAAGACCCUUGGAAUUGUACUGGGUGUCUAUGGGCUGUGCUGGCUGCCAUUUGUUAUGACGCUUGUUAUAAAUCCAUCCUUUGAUUUGUCCACUUCUGCUGUUGUAUUUGAUGCUCUUGGAUGGCUGGGGUAUUUUAAUUCUACCUGUAACCCUCUCAUUUAUGGAUUUUUCUAUCCCUGGUUUCAGAGGGUUUUUAGAAUUAUUCUAUCAGGUAAAGUUUUUCAGAAUGGCUCUUCAUUAUUAAAUAUUUAUGCGGAGAACAAUUUAUAACAAAAUAGCCUUAAAAGUUUCUCAAAUAUAGUUGUAA